AUGUUAACGAAAACAUUAGUAACUAGAGCUCUACUGCUUCGUGGUGUAACUAAUGCUGCUAAUAAUAUGAAACAAAUUAAAAGAAAUGCGGGCCAUGGGGUUUGGACCUACCGAGUACCACCUCCGUUGCCUUCUAAGAGAGCUAUAUACUUAGCUGAAGCUCUUGGUGCAUUAGCCUGGUAUUGGAUAUUAUACCACUGUAUCACAGAACCUGACCAUAUUUUUGGAGAGUUUACAUAUGUGGACCCUUCCACUUACACUGAUGAAGAACUUGGCAUACCACCUGACUCAGUGGGAUCACUGAGAAAGUGA